CCAAGCGCGACGGCACCCUGGCCCUGGCCGCCGGCGCGCUCUGCCGCGAGGCGCGCGGCGCGCAAGUCUUCUUGCUCAAAGGAGGAUAUGAAGCUUUUUCGGCUUCCUGCCCGGAGCUGUGCAGCAAACAGUCGACCCCCAUGGGGCUCAGCCUUCCCUUGAGUACCAGUGUCCCUGACAGCGCUGAAUCGGGGUGCAGUUCCUGCAGCACCCCACUCUAUGAUCAGGGUGGCCCAGUGGAGAUCCUGCCCUUCCUGUACCUGGGCAGUGCCUAUCAUGCCUCCCGCAAGGACAUGCUGGACGCCUUGGGCAUCACUGCCUUGAUCAACGUCUCGGCCAACUGUCCCAACCAUUUUGAGGGUCACUACCAGUACAAGAGCAUCCCUGUGGAGGACAACCACAAAGCGGACAUCAGCUCCUGGUUCAACGAGGCCAUCGACUUCAUAGACUCCAUCAAGAAUGCCGGUGGAAGGGUAUUUGUCCACUGCCAGGCAGGCAUUUCCCGAUCAGCCACCAUCUGCCUUGCGUACCUCAUGAGGACUAACCGAGUCAAGCUGGACGAGGCCUUUGAGUUUGUGAAGCAGAGGAGAAGCAUCAUCUCCCCCAACUUCAGCUUCAUGGGCCAGCUGCUGCAGUUUGAGUCCCAGGUCCUGGCCCCACACUGCUCAGCAGAGGCCGGGAGCCCCGCCAUGGCUGUGCUCGACCGCGGCGCCUCCACCACCACUGUCUUCAACUUCCCCGUCUCCAUCCCCGUCCACCCCACGAACAGUGCGCUGAGCUACCUUCAGAGCCCCAUCACGACCUCUCCUAGCUGCUGAAAGGCCACGGGAGGUGAUCUUCACAACCCGCCGGGACUCCAGGCUCCUUGAAAGGAAAAAAUGCAAUAACUCCAGGGAAGGGGGCUCGCGAGGACUGGCCCUUAUUUAUUUAACUUCACCCGAGUUUCCACUGGGUUCCUGAGCAGUCGUAGUGAUGACUUAGCGCCAAGACAUUUGCUGAACUCAGCACAUCCGGGACCAACAUACAGUGGGUACAUCAAGUCUCUCUGAGAAAAAGGGGCAGGAGAGAGAGGACUCCGAGUGAGAGCCGGUUUCCUUUUGCCUAUCCCUGUUUUUUGAAGGAACUUUCCAUGCUUGACAUGCCUACCAGUGUUACCAUUCCUGACGAUGCAUAUACAUAUGAGAAUAUACCUUAUUUUAUUUAUUUUUGUGUAGGUCGUCUGCCUUCACAAACGUCAGUGUCUACUCCCAGAAGAACCAAAUACCUCAAUUUUUGUGUUUUUUGAGUACUGUAAUAUCCUGUACAUAUGUCCGAAGCAGGUUUGUUUUCAGCACUGGAGAACACCAGUGUUGGGUUUUGUUUUGUUUUUUAAGUUGCCAACAGUUGUAUGUUUGCUGAUUAUUUAUGACCUCAAAUAAUAUAUUUCUUCUUCUAAGAAGACAUUUUGUUACUUACAUAAGGAUGACUUUUUUAUACAACAGAAUAAAUUAUGGUCUUUCUAUUGAAA